CGCCCCCUUGCCGCCGCCGCAGCACCAGCAUCAGCACCGGCUGCCGGAUCUCCGCAUCUACACCGGCAACAACAACAACAACGACGACGAUGCUGCUGCUGCUGCUAAUCUCAAUAAUCGCGACUGGUUCUACCCUUCCUUUAUGGUCCCACUCGCCCCCAAGCGCGGCGGACCGGCGCCGUUUGAUUCGCGCGUGGGUCCCGCGGCGCACGGCAAGGUCGCCGUGGACAAACCACAGCGGAUCGCGGCGUCGGAGGCGAAGCCGGGGGUUGAGAAGAAGAAAGUGAAUGUGGUGACGAGUCGUCCUCCCAGUUCGAUCUCUUCCGCCAGGGAUUUGAUUCGGUUAAAGGCUAGCAGGUUAUUGAAACCUAAAUUCCUGCUGGCGUUCAUUUGUGUAAUAUUUGUAUCAUAUGAAGUAUGCUUGCAUCGAAGACUUGCAAAACUUGUGGAAGAGAAUGCUUUUCUUCACAGAUCAUGUGGCGAUAAAGAUAGUUUUAGUAGUAGCAACACCAGGGAUUUGAAAACUGAAGAGAGCAAGAUAUCAGGUUCAAAUUUUGGAAAUGGUGACAGUAGAAGUGUUGCUCUAUAUACUUUUGCCGUCACACUGAUAAUGCCAUUCUUGUUGUACAAAUACCUUGAUUAUCUUCCCCAAAUAAUGAGUUUCUCAAAAAGAACUAAGAACAAGAAGGAGGAGGUUCCUUUGAAGAAGAGAAUUGCCUAUACUGUGGAUGUUUGUUUCUCAGUGUAUCCUUACGCAAAGUUGCUUGCGCUUCUUUUUGCAACUAUGUUCCUUAUCGGGUUUGGUGGAUUGGCAUUGUAUGCGGUCAAUACGAAUAGUUUUGCUGAAGCUCUUUGGCUUUCUUGGACUUUUGUGGCCGACUCUGGAAAUCAUGCUGAUACAGAGGGCAUUGGACCAAGAAUUGUUUCUGUGUCUAUAAGUUCAGGAGGUAUGCUAAUAUUUGCCAUGAUGCUUGGGCUCGUUUCUGAUGCUAUAUCUGAGAAGGUCGAUUCACUACGGAAAGGGAAGAGUGAGGUCAUUGAAAGGAAUCACAUACUCAUUCUUGGAUGGAGUGACAAACUGGGUUCACUUUUGAAGCAGCUGGCUAUUGCAAACAAGAGUGUUGGUGGCGGUGUCGUGGUUGUACUUGCUGAAAGAGAUAAGGAAGAAAUGGAGAUGGAUAUAGCAAAACUUGAAUUUGACUUCAUGGGAACAUCUGUUAUAUGCAGAAGUGGCAGUCCUCUUAUACUGGCUGAUCUGAAAAAGGUUUCAGUGUCAAAGGCUCGUGCUAUCAUUGUUUUGGCAACCAAUGAAAAUGCUGACCAGAGCGAUGCCCGUGCUUUGAGAGUUGUUCUUAGCCUCACAGGAGUUAAGGAGGGUUUAAGGGGCCACGUUGUCGUAGAAUUGAGUGACCUUGACAAUGAGCCUUUGGUGAAGCUUGUUGGGGGUGAGCUCAUUGAAACAGUCGUUGCACAUGAUGUGAUUGGACGCUUGAUGAUACAAUGUGCUCUACAACCUGGUCUUGCACAGAUAUGGGAGGACAUUUUGGGGUUUGAGAACGCAGAGUUUUACAUCAAAAGGUGGCCUCAAUUGGAUGGUGUUCGAUUUGAAGAUGUCCUAAUUUCAUUUCCCGAUUCGGUCCCAUGUGGAAUUAAGGUUGCUGCAGAGGCUGGAAAGAUAAUAUUGAAUCCAGAUGACAAUUAUGUCCUCAGAAAGGGGGAUGAAGUCCUUGUCAUAGCUGAAGAUGAUGACACAUAUGCUCCAGGUCCCCUUCCUGAGGUACACAGGGGCUCAUGUCCGAAAAUUGUUGACCCUCCUAAAUAUCCCGAGAAGAUAUUGUUUUGUGGUUGGCGUCGUGAUAUUGAUGACAUGAUUAUGGUUCUAGAAGCUUUCUUGCCACCAAAUUCAGAACUUUGGAUGUUUAAUGAGGUUCCUGAGAAAGAUAGAGAGAAGAAACUUACAGAUGGUGGACUUGACAUUCAUGGACUGGUGAACAUAAAACUUGUUCACCGUGAGGGAAAUGCUGUGAUUAGACGGCAUUUGGAGAGCCUUCCUCUGGAAACUUUUGAUUCGAUAUUAAUUCUUGCAGAUGAGUCAUUAGAGGACUCUGUUGUGCAUUCUGACUCAAGAUCUCUUGCCACUCUUCUCCUUAUUCGAGAUAUACAGUCAAAGCGUCUUCCUGACAAAGAUACAAAGUCAACUUCUUGGCGGUUGUCUGGGUUCUCUCACAGCUCUUGGAUCAGGGAAAUGCAGCAAGCUUCCCACAAAUCAAUAAUCAUCAGUGAAAUUCUCGAUUCUAGGACAAGAAAUCUUGUAUCAGUGUCCAGAAUCAGUGACUAUGUGUUAUCAAAUGAACUCGUAAGUAUGGCACUAGCAAUGGUUGCUGAAGACAAGCAAAUCAAUCGGGUCCUCGAGGAACUAUUUGCAGAGGAGGGGAAUGAGAUGUGUAUCAAACCAGCAGAAUUCUACUUAUUUGACCAGGAAGAAUUAAGUUUCUAUGACAUUAUGAUUAGGGCCCGCCAAAGGCAGGAGAUUGUGAUUGGUUACCGGCUUGCAAACACAGAGCGCGCUACCAUUAAUCCUUUGGAGAAGUCAGAACCAAGAAAAUGGUCCCAUGACGAUGUUUUUGUUGUCAUAGCCUCGGAUGAAUGAUAAGGAAGUCUGAGUUCUAAAUCCUCUGUAACAAUAUUCAAGCCACUGCCAAGUGCCAACCUCUGUUGUAGACCAACCUGACCAUUCUUUUCCCUUACUUUGCAUAAUCCUCCUGUUUACCGACGAUGUCACAAAUAUGGGUAAGCCAUAUACGGGAGAAAUAUUUAAGAUUUCCAAGGAAGAGAGCUUUGUUUUACCGCUUUGAAAAUGAAAAUGGACUGUAAGAAAGGUGAUAGGUCUAAUUCAACCUCAAAAAUUUUCGUUGGCCUCUCAACAGAGUUUGUUGGAGGAGGGCAUUGUAACUUGUGUUAAAAUAGACAUGAUUAGCAAGUGGAUGAGCAUUCUUAACCUGCUAGAAGGGGCUAACAUGUUGUACAUUUUGUCCGAUUUAUCAAAGGGAAGUCAUAAUGUAA